CUGGCCAGCUCGCGCAGAGUCUGACGCGGGCUAACUACACUACUAGAUAGCAUGCGAGAGGUGAUACACGCCCUGCGUUGCAUCUUCUGGUGCGUCCGAUCCGAGGUACGCGGAUCGAUCAUGCCGUAGUAAGCCGUUGUGUUGGUCUUUUCCCGCUCUAGCUUAGCAACGGAGCGUUUUCAGAGAAAACCGUUUCUGACCUUCGUCGCCCGUUGGGUAGAUGGUAUCGUUUCUGUGACGAGGAGUGAGAUAUAGAGUAAGACUACAUUGACAUAAUAAUAAUGGCAGUGACCCAGUGGGCAUAUAUAUGCACAGUAUUUUAAGGUGAGCUGGUAUUAUUCAUAUAGCUACACCCAGUGACAUGAAGAACUCAUUAUAACUCUUUGAAAAGCUACUUGUAUGUGUAAAACUCUUUGUAGGACUGGUAGUAAAGCGCUUUUGUCUUCACUCUCGGGGUUUCAGAGACGUCUCCAACUCGAAAUAACGACAUCUGUCGCGCAUGCGUUGACUGAAAUUCGACCUUUGAACCCGAACUCGUGGCAACACCCGAAGAUGCCGAAAUCCAAGAGAAAUAGAAUCUACACUCUGUCGCAGACGAGGAAGAAAGGGAGAGAGGCAAAGAGCGGACUCUUACAGGAGGUACGAGACUGUGUGGACAAGUACUCACACAUAUUUGUGUAUAGUGUUGAGAACAUGAGAAACAGCAAACUCAAGGAGGUGAGGACCCAGUGGAGGAGCAGCCGGUGGUUCUACGGGAGGAACAGAGUCCUGGCCACAGCCCUCGGGAGGUCUGAGGCCGAGGAAUACAGAGAGGGUCUCUCCUCUCUUGCCAAGCUCCUAAGAGGAAACGUCGGUCUAUUCUUCACUAAUCAACCCCGGGGCGAUGUCAUCAGCUGGUUCCAGUCCUACUCUGAACAGGACCACGCCCGGGCUGGUUUCCUAGCAACCGACGAUGUCGUUAUCCAGGAGGGUCCCCUCGAUAAGUUCCCUCACAGUAUGGAGCCUCACUUGAGGAGCCUUGGUCUACCGACCUCGCUCAAGAAAGGAGUGGUAUAUGUGACAGAUGAGUACACAGUCUGUAGAGAGGGGGACACCUUGACUCCGGAACAGGCCAGACUCCUGAAACUGUUGGACUGGAAGAUGGCAGAGUUCAAGAUCUCAUUCCAGGCCGUCUGGUCUCAGGAUGGGACACUGCAGCUACUGGACGGCCAGCCAGGAGACCUCAGAAAAGAACUGGAGUCUUCUUAGUUUUUUCAUGCACUGAUGCAUGUGGUGUGCGCAAAAAAGCCAAUAAAAGCGCGCUUAUUUACGCGCGUCUGUACUUACUGCGCAUGCGUAAAAGUUAUUUCCAUGACAACGGCCUAACUUGCCGCGCAGGGUGAGAGCGCCACAUGUGGAAAGAGCUUUGUGUGUAGCCCUGGAGAUUGCCCCUGAGAGAAGGAAUCAGUCAUGUUGAAAGGUCGUGGAGGCAAGAAAGCGGCGGGAGGAGCGGACAAGCCCGGAGCAGCUGGGCAGCAGCUAUCUAAUCCCAGUCUCAAAAAGAGCCAGCUCUUGACGGAAGGAACGACAAGGAGGCGGAGCCAGUUGCUAGGCGACCGCAGCUUCAUUCACUCCAAGUCCAGGCUCCACGCUGCAUCACGAGCUCCUCGUAGAAAGGGGGAGGAUGGGUUCAGGGAGGACGAAGAGGGAGAUGGGGGAGGGUGGGAGGAGCCCCAGGAGCUUGGUCCCACCAGCCGACCAGCUGCAGCUGACCGAGAAAGAGCUGAAAGAGGAGCUGACGAGAGUUCUGACUGCAGACAAUCCUCACGCUCCUCAGAACAUGGUCCGCUUCAACUUCAAGGAGAGCACCUUCAAACAGGUGGCCAGUAUAGACCAGUUGGCAGUCCACUUUGCUCUGGAGAGUAACCUCCUCCAUACCGAGAGUGACGAGGCCCAAAGACAGCUAGCCAGGGAGAAGGGAGACGAGUCCAGUGGUGGAGAGGCCGAGGAGGAGGAGGAAGAAGAGGAGGGAGAAGAGGGAGGGACAGAGGUGAAGGAACACAGAGGGAGGAGGUGAAGAGGGAGGAGGGGGGCAGGAGAAGCCAAAGAAUGAGAAGAGGCUCAAGAAUCAGUUCAACUUCAGUGAGAGAGCCUCUCAGACCUUCAACAACCCUGCCAGGGACCGUGGUACGAUGACAGAGCCUCCACCGCGAGCUGCAUUCUCAGCCACUGCCAACCAGAUGGAGAUCUUUGAUGCCUACGUUGAGGAGCUGACACGACAGGAGGCCGCCAAGGAGAAGAAGGGAGGGAAGGGAGGAGGAGGAGGAGGGGGAGGGGAGGGGAGGAAGGGGAAGGGAGAGAAGACAGAGGAGAAGAGAUCAGGAGACAUACAGAGUGGAGAGGCAGAGAAGGUGGCCAGGGCUGCCAAGGUCAUGGAGAGGAUGGUCAACCAGAAUACCUAUGAUGACAUCUCUCAGGACUUCAAGUACUAUGAGGAUGCAGGGGACGACUACAAGGAGGGGCGUGGCACUCUCCUCCCUCUCUGGAGGUUCCGCUACGACAAGGCCAGGAAGAUGGCCGUCACUGCCCUCGCCUGGAGCCCACUGUACUCCGACCUCUUUGCCGUUGGCCACGGAUCAUAUGACUUCAACAACCAGUCUGGAGGCGGCAUCAUCUGUCUCCACUCACUAAAGAACCCUUCCUUCCCCGAGUUCAUCUUCUCGACAGGCUGUGGAGUAAUGUGUCUGGACAUCCACCCGGAGCACCCUCACCUCUUGGCUGCUGGCCUCUACGAUGGCACCGUGGCAGUCUAUAAUCUCAUCCUCACUGAGAGAGACCAGCCUGUCUUCAGGAGCACCGUCGACACUGGCAAACACACUGACCCCGUCUGGCAGGUUUGCUGGCAGAAGAACGACAUGGAAGGCAACAUCAAUUUCUACUCAGUCUCAGCAGAUGGGAGGGUGGUCAUCUGGAGACUGAUCAAGAAUGAGCUGCAGUGGGAGGACGUGGUUCAGGUCUCUCUGCCCGGAGAGAUGACCGAGGGAGUCGAGGGAACACGGAAUAAUGUCAUCAGCUCGGGGACAUGUAUAGGGUUCAACCCAUUCCUGGAGCACCUAUUCCUGGUGGGCAGUGAGAGUGGACAUGUCUACACCUGCUCCAAGGCCUACACCAAACACUUCCUCAAUGUCACCAAGAACCACCACAUGGCAGUGCAUGCUCUGAGGUGGAACCCAUUCCAUCAGAAUGUGUUUGCCUCCUGCGGUGCCGACUGGACUGUUAGAAUAUGGGACCACACUCUCAGUGACCCAAUGUUCAGCUACGACCUCAACAGUGUGGUGGGAGACGUGGCCUGGUCUCCGUUCUCCUCCACCGUCUUUGCUGCCGUCACUGCAGAUGGCAAGGUCCACGUGUUUGACCUCUCUGUCAACAAAUACGAGAGUCUCUGCGUGCAGUCUGUGAUUCAGAAGAAGAAGACGAGGCUGACUCACGUGGCCUUCAACCCAGUCCACCCGCUCCUGUGCGUGGGAGAUGACAGAGGAACCGUUCUCUGCCUCAAACUAUCCCCCAACCUCAGGAAGGCCCUCAGGGAAAAGAACAAAACGAAUGAGUCUGAGAAGGCAAAGAUGGAGAAGUUGAUACAGUUUGUGAGAGAGCCACUCCUGGAGCUCCAGACUAGUUCUGGAGGCAAACACCCACCACCCACACCUCCUGCCAUCACCACCUAACACUUACUUACUAUUACGUACAUAUAUAUGUAUAUGCAUAGAUGUUGUUACAUUACACUAUGCUCUAACAAGUAUUUUUUA